AAGCCUUAGAGACUUUUGCAGAGAACCUUUGUUCUUCUUUGACUUCGUCUUCUUCUUCUUGUUCUUCCUCCUCCUCCUCCUCCUUAAUGUUUGGUUUAUUCUAUGACCGUGUUUGGUUUAUUCAAUGACCGGGGUCUUUACUUCUUUACUUUGACUUUGAGUCUUUGACAGUUUGAGUCCCUGCUGGCACCAUUAUUUGAAAAUUGAUUGUGAUACUGUUUCUCGACUUGAAUGUUCAUCGGGGUGAUCACUUAGAAGUUUCUGAAAUCAGUAUCUGAAGAUUUGAAGCUUUUCUGAUCAUCAAUGUCAAAAGAAAACAGAAACUCUAACUUUGGAGGUUCUGGGUUUGGUUACCAUACCAGCCCUCCAGAAAAGGUUAGGAGAAGAUCAAGCAUGAGCAGCAGCUUUGAUGGAUUCUCAUUUUCAUCCAAGGAGCUCAUGCAGCGUGAUUGUGCCUUAACCUUAUCAUUGGGUACUUUUACAGUGCCUAAACCGAAGGAUGCAGAUUAUUGUGACUCAAUCCCUCCCCUCGUUGAAGAGUUGGAGGCCUUGAUCUUGGCCAGGGUUCCGAGGUCUGAGUAUUGGAAGUUCUUCUUGGUGAACAAGCGCUUCUUGGCGCUUUUGAAGAGUGGAGAGCUGUACAAGAUCAGGAGUGAACUCGGCCUCAAAGAGCCGUCUGUUUUCGUGUCCCCUAGCGGCGAGAGAACAUGGUGGGAAUUCGACAGGCAGUUCAAGUCCUGCAAGAAGCUCCCAAUCUUACCCGCAGAGGAUUGCUUCAUCCGCGGUGAUAGGGAAUCGCUUUGUGCAGGGACUCAUCUACUAGUCUCUGGCAGAGAGAUUGAGGGGCUAGUUGUGUGGAGGUAUGAUAUGGAAGCAAACAUUUGGUCAAGAGGUCCUUCCAUGAUCAAUCCAAGGUGCUUGUUUGCUUCUGCUACAUGUGGUUCCUAUGCAUAUGUAGCCGGUGGGUUUGGAAUGGUGGCAACAGGUUGGGAAGUUAUGGAUUCUGCUGAGAGAUACAAUCCGGGGACUAAAUCCUGGGAGCCUCUCCCAAACAUGAUCCGAAAGAGAAGGUUUUGCUCCGGCUGUUACAUGGACAACAAGUUCCAUGUGAUUGGUGGGAGAAACCCUGAGGGAAGAGAUCUCAGUUGUGCAGAAGCCUUUGAUAUCGAAAAGAAGACAUGGGAACUGAUCCCAGACAUGUUAGAAGUAGAUGGUGCUGAAGACCAAGCUUUGAAUAACCAAUCCCCGCCUCUCAUUGCGGUUGUGAACAACGAGCUCUACUCACUCAAGACCCUCACAAACGAGCUCAAGGUGUACAUGAAGAGAAGCAAAUCAUGGAAGAAGUUGGGAACUGUUCCGGUGAGGGCUGAUACUACACUAGGAUGGGGAAUAGCUUUCAAGUCUCUGGGGAAUGAGCUACUCGUCAUACAGUCUUCAGCACAUGGCCCUUCUCUGUUAUACACUUGCUGCCCUGAUCCAAAUGCUGACGAGUUGCAGUGGGAAGCUCUUGAACAUGGCAAAAACCCUACCUGCUUCAUCGUCAACUGUUCUGUCAUGGCAGCUUGAACCGGAAGGUCGUUUUAGUCUUGAAGAUUAAUCAUAGGGAGUGAUAUCUCUCUGGCAUUUGGCAUGUGUUCUUCAAUAAGGCUUGUCAUGACUACAAGCAUGUGUGUUUGUUUGAGUAGCUGCUCUUUCUAGCCUGUGUUUCUUAAUAUUACUAUUAGGCGUGCCUCCAAGUUCUAAUGGGGCAUCCUUCUAUCUCCGUGCACAUAUGGUAUGUGUACAACGAAAUCGAAGUUAUUGCACCAAUUUCUAGUU